AAACAAAGUUACAGCGGGCUUGCUUGUGUCUGAAGGAAAGCAGCAACGAAGCUCGGAGACUUCACCCCGAUCCGUGGAACGUCAUUGAAGAUGUUGACUGGCCGAAUGAGCCGCCAACAGGUGAGGGAGAGGGGGUGGGAGGACUGGCGCGACCGUUCGUGACGAAUCCCCUGCCGCUGAUCCGAGGGUUGGAGUCACGGUCUUUUCUUGCAGUCGCCCUUGCGUGAUACUCUUGCAUUACAGAUUAUUUCAUUCUUUGCUCAAGGCCAAUAGUACCAUAAUGAAGCUUAAUAUACUGCAUUCUGAAGAUUUCGAGAACGGGCGGGGGUCUUCGGAGAAGGAAAAGAUUGAAGGCGCGACCCCUGGUCACAUCGCUGACCAACGCUUUGAAGAUCUCCCGCCAGAUCCAGACGCUGGACUCAGUGAGGAAGAACGAAAACGCAUUGAUCGCAAGCUGCUUUGGAAGCUUGAUAUAAGAUUGAUUCCAUGGCUUUGCCUACUUUACCUCGCUUCCUUCCUUGACCGUACAAAUAUUGGCAAUGCAAAAAUUGCUGGCUUGCCUAAGGAUCUGCACUUGACGAAUGGACAGUAUAGUGCAGCGCUUUCUGUCUUCUUCGUCUCGUACGCGCUCUUUGAGCCUCUGACCAAUGUUUUGCUGAAGCGUUUGCGACCUCGCGUCUUCCUACCCAUAAUUAUGAUUUUAUGGGGAAUCUGCAUGACCACCAUGGGCCUGACCCACAACUUUUCAGGCCUCGCUGCUGCGCGUUUCUUCCUUGGGCUUGCAGAAGCCGGCCUGUUCCCAGGAGUGAAUUACUACCUAUCGUGCUGGUAUAAGCGUUGCGAAUUCGGCAUUCGAUCUGCCAUAUUCUUCUCCGCUGCAGCCGUGGCAGGCUCCUUUGGUGGCUUGCUUGCCGCAGCCAUUAUCCAAAUGGAUGGUAUUGGUGGAAAGCCUGGUUGGGCAUGGAUCUUUAUCCUCGAAGGACUGGCAACGGUGGUUAUCGGAGUCCUUUCAUUUUGGAUGGUCCAUGAUUUUCCCGACGAGGCUCGCUUUUUGUCUGUUGAAGAUCGAGAGCGAGUCAUUCGUCGACUCAAGGAAGACAAGCAAUCCAGCGCAGAGCAUGAAGAGUUCAAGAUGAAAUACUUCUGGGCUAGUGUAAAGGACUGGAAGACGUGGAACUCUGCGAUUGUCUACAUGGGUGCCGACGGCGCCCUGUACGCCUUUUCUCUCUUUUUGCCCUCGAUCAUCGAUGAGCUCGGCUAUACAUCUAUCAAGGCUCAAUUACUUUCCGUCCCUCCCUACGCUGCGGCGUGCAUUCUAACAAUUCUUGUUGGAUACAUUGCUGAUCGUACUCGUCAACGUGGAUAUUGCAACAUGGCAACGUCUUUACUCGGCAUUACCGGAUUUUGUAUGCUCUUAGGCGGCAAAUCCGCUGGCGUCAAAUAUGCCGGCACAUUUCUAGGCGCCUUGGGAAUCUAUCCGUGUAUUCCCAACACCAUUUCCUGGUCCAGUAACAAUACUGAAGGAGUUUACAAGAGAGGAGUCACCUUGGGAUUCGUCAUAGGCUGGGGCAACCUCAACGGUGUGGUCAGUAGCAAUAUAUACCGGCAGUCAGAUGCACCGAGGUACAUUCCUGGACAUGCCGUUGUACUGGCAUAUUUGGUGCUCUUCUUGCUUUGCGGCUCAAUCGUGCAGCAUUUUCUUCUUGCUCGAGAGAAUGCAAAGAGGCGUGCCGGUGAAAGAGACGGUUGGGUAGCUGGCAAGAGCCAGGAGGAGAUUGAAAUGCUUGGUGAUAAGAGGCCAGAUUUCCUAUAUACGCUCUAGUGUCCCAGAGAUACCAAGGUGAGAUGGAAAAGUCAGGGUCUUGGCGUUGCACAUGGUGUCCAGUGCACGUGUGUGUCUAUCUGGAACGCUGCCGUCUUCAUAUCUAAUAUGGGUCUUGCGCACCAUGAAUCGGUGAUAUUCAGUAAUAAUUUGCAGCUAUAUAGCUUUUGCCUCUUCAAGUGCCCAAUUCAGGAUCAAUUUCGUUUAUAUUUUGCGCCCACAUUAGUAAUCCUCCGAAGCUGUAUCUAUU